AUGGUGAGUGGUGAAGGAAACCUCAUACGAUCAGGUCUCUGUAGUGUGUUACGACAAAUUAUAUGCAUUGCACAUAACUGUUAUCCCAGUGAAAGUUAUAAUGAUCUCUUGGGAUUCAGAGGUGGAAGUUUGAAAGCCUGUGCUGAAGUUUCAAGCUGGACAAAGUUGUGUGAAUUGGAAUUCCCAGAAGCAAUGAUGACGGCAAUUCAGGAGAUAAGAAGCUUGAGAGCUAAAGCAGAUCUUGAUAAAACAGAAAAACAUGGCAUUACAUACACUCUUCCUAAAGAAGCCAUAUUGCUUGAAAGUCACAUGCAUCAACCACCCAGGAUUCACAAUGAUGACAAAAUGAAAAGGUAUUUAAUACAAUGCCUGAUUAACAACUGGUCAAAUGAAGAAGAUAUUUCCAAACUUGAAAACAAUGUGUGUGCCAAACUAUGCCAAGGUUAUAAUCCACUUGUUGGAGAAAUGAUCCAAUCUCAUGCCAUUAUUCGAUUUAGACUUGAAGGUUUAAAUGAAAACACAGAUAACCAAAGUGAACUUCAGCAAAACAGAAAUAAACCAUUUGACGAUGACUUAUUGCUUGCUCAGUUGGCUGAGAAAAUGAAAAAAAUGAAAUUGGAUGAUGUAGUUCUGGAUCAUCUUUAUGUUGAAGGAAUUGAAAUGACCAUUGCUGACUUAAUAUUGUUCAUUUUUGUCUAUCACUUUUUGGAAUCAGUUGAUCUCCAACUUGGUUUGCUAAUCACCCAUCUUCCUAAACUGGGAGCUUGGUUUCAACAUAUGUCUAAUAUGCCUAGAAUGCAAGUAGCUGCUUCGGAAUAUGGCUGCAAUCUUGAUGACUUGUGUUUAACUUUGGAGAAUGACAAUCAUUCAUCUUUACUAAUCAAUAAUUUUGCUUUGUCAGAAAUUGCAGAAGACGAUAAUAAGGAAUCUGAAUUACAACGCCGAACCCGUAGUAAAUACAGAGCAUUGAAGCCGGAGUUGGCUAAAGUAUUAAAAUUGAUAAAGACAGCUGAUAUCCAGCCAAAAGGUGGAGAACAUCCUUGUGGGACAAAUAUAGAAUUGCCUUGGUCUACAUUACCAGCUGCAGUUCACCCUCAGGAAGGUGGUCUUCCAGCAAAACGAGCUUUGAAAAAAUGUCAGCAGCUUGAAAAUAUUGUUACAGCUGUGAAAGAAAUUGUUACCAAGGGACAAAUAAUUGUAGACUUUUGUAGUGGUGGGGGACAUCUUGGAAUUACUUUGGCUAGCCUUAUUCCAUACUGUCAGGUUUAUUUAAUUGAAAACAAGGAAGAAUCACUACACAUUGCAAAAUCCAGAGUUGAUAAAUUAGGACUGAAGAAUAUCACAUUGUAUCAGUGCAACCUUGGGUAUUUCCAUGGUAAAUUUGACCUUGGUACAUGUUUGCACGCCUGUGGAGUGGCAACAGACAUGGUACUACAGAAAUGCAUUAACAGUGAAGCUGCAUUUGUUGUGUGUCCAUGUUGCUAUGGAGCAGUACAAAACACCCAUUUAAUUACUUACCCAAGAAGUCAACUUUUUCAAGCUGCAAAUAUUUCAGAUAUGGAUCUUUUAACAUUGGGUCAUGCAGCUGAUCAAACAGAAUUCAAGAUUGCACUUGCUGAACAAGGUCGAUAUUGUAUGAAUUUGGUUGAUACAGAUCGGUUGGCUUAUACUGAGGAAAAAGGAUAUGAUGUUAUUCUAUGUUCACUCCAACCAUUGACAUGUACCCCCAAGAACAAUCUACUAAUUGGAACACCAAAAUAUAUAAAAAAUGGCCUCAGCUGA